AUGUCUGCCGAAAAAAGACCAGCUUCUGAUGAGCCUGGCGCGGGCCAGAUGAUCGUGAAGCGUCAGAACGUGGGAUCUUCAACCGGAGCGCUGGCUCGACUGAAUGCCUCGGGAAACAGCACCGCAUUGGUGCAGACAACUCCCCGGACGAGUAAUCUGCAGGCACCGGUCAUGGAACUCUCCGGCCACUCUGGUGAGGUCUUUGCCGCCAAAUUUGACCCUACCGGCAAUUUCAUUGCUUCCGGGUCGAUGGAUAGAAGCAUUUUAUUGUGGCGAACCUAUGGCGACUGCGAAAAUUAUGGCAUUCUCACGGGCCACCGCGGCGCUGUUCUCGAUCUACAGUGGUCCAGAGACUCUAAGAUUAUUUACUCAGCUGCAGCCGACACACAUCUGGCAAGCUGGGAUAUUGAGAACGGCACAAGAAUACGAAGGUACAUCGGCCAUGACGAGAUUGUGAACACGAUGGAUAUCAGCAAACGAGGCGAGGGUAUGCUGGUAAGCGGUAGCGAUGAUGGUACGAUAGGACUUUGGGACCCAAGAUCGAAGCAUGCGGUGGAUCACAUUGAGACCGAGUUCCCCAUUACUGCCAUUGCUAUGUCCGAGGCCGGAAACGAAGUUUACUCGGGCGGCAUCGACAACGACAUCAAGGUCUGGGACCUGCGUAAGAAAUCCGUUGUGUACUCCAUGCUUGGACACCAGGAUACGGUUACCUCACUCCGAGUAUCACCGGACUCACAGUCACUGCUUUCAUUUGCCAUGGACUCUACGGUUAGAACAUGGGACAUUCGCCCGUUUGCCCCGACAGAUAGGCACAUCAGAACAUUUGACGGCGCUUCCGUGGGCCUCGAGAAGAAUCUUAUUCGAGCCAGCUGGAACUCUGAUGGCAAGAAAGUGGCUGUCGGCUCUGGCGACGGCACCGCCACUAUUUGGUCCAGCGAGACUGGCAAGCUCAUGUACAAGCUUCCUGGACAUAAGGGGACCGUGAACUGCGUUGAGUUUGCGCCCGGUACGGAACCUAUUGUACUUUCUGCAUCUUCUGAUCGGAACAUGCUUCUUGGAGAGCUGCGAUGA